GUUCGCAGGGUCGAGUCCCGCCUCGUGCACGGGUGUAUUCGUGUUCCUUGUGCAGGGCGCGGAGUACCUGGUGACGCAGCAGGUGUUCCUGGACGUGAGCAUCGGCGACGAGCCGCCGGGCCGCAUCACGCUGGGCCUCUUCGGGGACGUCGCCCCCAAGACGGUGCGCAAUUUCGUGGCGCUGGCCACCGGCGGCGUCGACGGCCGCUCCUACAAGGGCGCCAUCUUCCACAGAGUCAUCCGCAAGUUCAUGAUCCAAGGGGGAGACGUGAUGCGGCAGGACGGCACCGGCUCCACCAGCCUCUACGGCGAGAGCUUCGACGACGAGACCUUCCAGGUGAAGCACACGGGCCCCGGCAUGAUCAGCAUGGCCAACGCAGGAAAAAAUACCAACGGGUGUCAAUUCUUCAUCACAACGGUACCUACACCAUGGCUGGACAAUAUCCAUGUAGCUUUCGGAAGGAUGUUUACUGCAUGAAUAUUACAAAACAUAGAUAUAUUUCUGACACAAUAAAAAUUUUAUAUCAUACAAUUCUAAUCUUUAGGUUUGUGAAAAGAUAUCUGUCCGAAACAAGUUUAUCCCCUGGAAAGAAUUUUCGUGUUUGUCUUAUUGUUCCACAAGCAAAUAGCUUUUUGGUUAACAGUGUUUUCACCAUGCCAAUGUGUGAAAAAAAAUUGUCAAGAAAAAAAAAAGCAUCC